AUGCCAAAAUCCAACAUCAUGCAAGGCAAGCCAAAUUCACAGCCAACACUUCCCGUAGACGAACCCGCAUCAGUCUUCGAUUCCUUCAAUUCCCUUCCCGCAGAACUCCAAGCCCGCAUCAUCAAAUACGCUUGGAACAAUGCCAUACACGCAUCACCACGACAUCUCCACGCCGACAUCAAAUUUCGCCGACCCAAUUCCACAGCCUCCGUACUAGCAGCAAGCAUUCCCUGCUCAGUACAUUACCGAGUCCACGCCUCUGUCAAUCGGGACAUCACCUUGCACCUAACCAGCAAGUUCUUCUCCGCCGAGUGCAAAUUUCUCGCCGCGCCGCAUCACCUCCACCUCCCUGUUUCCAACUCAAAGGAUGGAAUCAAAUCCGGCGCGACCAAACCCGUCCUCUUCGUGCCAGACACAGAUACCUUACAUAUCAACAUCAAAGGCGAAAUAACUUACAAAUACACCGUCCUCUCCGCUUUUGCUAUCCUACCUAAGCACCUCAGGGAGAUGGUCAAGCAUAUCGAUAUCGACUACACGGACGCACAGGAUAUGUUGGAGCUGUGCUUACAGCUAGGCCCGAAGGGUAGUCUUACGAGCUUGAUCGCCGGGCUCGGAGCGCCGGAAUUGGAGACUGUAACGAUCUCGGUGUGUAGCUUAAUCGUGGAAGGGAAUCAAAGGGUGGGGUUUUUGACGAUGCCUGGGAGGGAGGAGAAGGGGGUGGAGAUGAGGGUUAAGGCAGUGGAUGUACGGGAGGGGCUGACAUUUUGGGAGAGGAUUAUGAGAUGA